AUGGCAAACAAUGGUAUUCCCUUCCAAGUUCCAUUGCUCACUAAGAGCAACUAUGACAAUUGGAGUCUUAGGAUGAUGGCUAUCCUAGGAGCACAUGAUGUGUGGGAGAUAGUCGAGAAAGGCUUCAAUGAACCGGAGAAUGAUGGUGGUCUAUCUCAAACUCAAAAGGAUGGUUUGAGAGAUUCAAGAAAGAGAGACAAGAAGGCUCUCUGUCUAAUCUAUCAAGGAUUAGAUGAAGACACAUUUGAGAAGGUUACCGAAGCAAGGACGUCCAAAGAAGCAUGGGAGAAGCUUCGGAGAUCUUACAAGGGAGCGGAACAAGUUAAGAAGAUUACUUCUCAAGUCUUGACAGUUGCUAAUAACCUAAAAAGAAAUGGUGAGAAGUUAGAUGAGGUAAGAAUCAUGGAGAAAGUUCUUAGAUCAUUGGAUUCAAAGUUCGAGCAUGUCGUCACCGUAAUUGAAGAGACAAAGGACUUGGAGACUAUGAAGAUGGAGCAACUUCUUGGAUCACUACACGCUUAUGAAGAAAAGAAGAAGAAGAAAGAAGAUAUUGUGGAGCAAGUUCUCAAGAUGAGAAUUGAUCAAAAGGAAGAAGCUGGCCGAAAUCAUCCGAGACGUGGUGGUGGUCAUCUUCGAGGACGAGGUCGUGGUGUAAAUGGAUGA